UACUAGUAUGCAUGUGCAUAUAAACUAAACAACAUCAUUUAUUGCUCGCUGUAGUCGUUACUCAGUUCUGACACUCUGAUACUAGCUCCCCAACAAUAAUAUCACUAAAGAACUACAGAAUAAUAUUUUGUACUAUUAAAUCGAAGAAAUUGUUACGAUGGAACAAACACAUGCAAGUACAUCAGCUGCUGUCCCUCGAGAAAGUCGGUCAAUAUUCAUAUGCAGCCAUGACCAUUCACAGUGCUAUCAUGCACAAGCCGGUUCAGCGAAAAUCGAUUCUGAUGUAUGGCCCGACAGCGAUUCACCAAACAUCAGUUGUAGCAGUGAUCCCGGCAGACCAUCUUGGACAGACAUGGUUGAGGAGCAAGAACUGAUGGAAUAUUUGAACCUAAAGAAAGCCGAAGUCACCAAAAAUAAAGAUAUUCAAUUACGUGUUUCCAAGCUCACGGUUUCACAAAAAGCUUGCCUGUUCUGGAUGACCGACACAUACUCGUUUCCUAUGAAUAUUUGGGACAGUUUGAUGAAUACACUCGUGAACCACCCUCGUCUACUGGACCAGAAUUCCGAGUUUACUCUGUACAAAUUUGCGAAGCAGACGCCAUUAUUAAUGGAACGGUCACUUGAAAAAUGGCAGAGUUACGACUUGAGUAAAUUCCGAGAUGGUUGGGAUCUUCUUCAAGUAUGCAUGUGGUACGCCAUGUAUUAGCGAUAGAGAAGCAAAUAUGCACAAUAUAGACUAUUAUACUAGUAUAUUAUUUUUAUUGUUUACAUUAUGGUAUUACACAUACUAGUACUUCAUUGUGACCAUUUUAAGGUCUUUUGGAUUGGAGUAUUGUCUAGUCACUUUUGAUACCUGAAACUACACGAUUUUACUGUCAACAAGAUACACCGUAAUUGCCCAACCAUUCUGUAGUCGUAGUUGUACGCCAUUAUUGUCAUAAUAAACUUAGCAUUUGAAUUAAA